AAUCGUCGCUAGUAGAUGUCGGUUGCGAGGAAGUGCUCUCCGGAAAGUCGAGACCGUUUUGUCGCGUGUGUUUAAGGACAUUAGGACAACGCAGUGAGUGGACUUACCUUUGGUUGGAGCUGUUGUAGUGUAGUGAGCGUGCUGAACGAAUAAAAACAAUCCCGCACCCGUUCCUGAGCACAGAAUCACGCCGAAUUGGUAAAGAAUUUCUGGAGCAGGCUACUUUGAUUCUCCGAAGCGAAACUACUUCCCCGGAAGGCGCUCCCGGCUGUACCCGUUGUGUGUGCCGAAAGCGCGCGUUCGGUUGCAGCGCAGCCAGCUAGGGAGACGGAGCUAUCCAGACAGAAAAGAAGCGGUUUGUGGUUACGGAAAAUAGCAGAAGAAAGAGCAGAGCAACAUCCACUCGCCAAAAUUUGGGCAGUACGACCCAACGAGAGAAGGCACCGUUCGGUGCUGGAAGACUUCACCGAGUAGCCAGUGAUUCAAUAUCAUCCAAUCAACCAAGCAGAUGUGAGUGUUUCACCUCCACGGCCGGGUGAAAUACGAGGCUCGAAAAAUAAAUCCAUGUAUCUCGGACUGAUUUCCAAAUAAAUUGUAAUCCCGGAUGAUAGCAUCGCACCGGUGUCCGGUACAUGAGGGUAGCUAAGGAGAAACUCAAAACCGAACGCUAGAUAACAAAGCGACUGCACUUGAAAAAGGCAAAAAAACACAACCGCCAAAACCACUGCAAAAAGCAAAGUACACGAGCACCAUGGAAUUUUUCAUCGGUGAAUUGGCGUUGGUUUACAGCUCGAUUUGCCGUCCACAUUUUGUGACCUCAUGAAGCACAAGUGUGUGAGUGUGUGGUUGUGCAAAAAAUAAAAACCACACCGGCCCAGAAAUAUAUAGAGCUGGCUUAGAGGUGAAAUCGAAGAGGGUGGUAAAAAAAUAUAAAUCUUUAAAAAAGCCACCAGCGCACGAGAGCGAAUAAAUUACCGGGAAACGCGAAAGAAACCGUGGCGCGGCCGGACGGUGUGUCACGGACGGUGCAGUUGUUGCGGUUGCCGGUCCUGCCCUUUCUGCCGGCCCUGUUGUCGGUUCGCAUGAUAGAGAGCAAUAAAUUAAUAGGAGAUAAAAAGAGUGUAUCCUGCAGAGGAUUCAACGGGAAGCAGAGCUAGCCAGUAACACACACAUACAAAAAAAGAAGGAUCACAAUCGAGUAUCGAGCAAGGUGAAUAGAGCCGUGUGCUGAACAGGCAAGGGCAAGCCCUGCUUCGAACAGAUUUUCCGAGCAUCGGUCAGUCGAUGAGUGCGCUCCGGCUCUCGGCGGACAGGCGGGAAAGCGGCACAACCAACAAAGAACGCAAACACAAAUAAUCACAGAAAAACAGUUGAUCCACUUUUUCCGUUGCCGUUGCAACGGAAAAGACAGAGUGAGAGAGAGAGAGUGAAAAAUAAAUUUAAACAAGAUCGUACCCCGAACAGACUGGCAAACCCCGAACAAAAGGCCCAUGGAGCCUGAGUGACCGGAGACCGGGCGGGCAGGAAGAACCGGGUCGGCACGUUUGAAUAAAAUGUAUUGCUAUAGAAAGGGCUAGUAAAAAUGGAUCUCCUGCAGCAGGAAUAAAGUGUGCCCGACGAGCUCAAAACGUACCGCGUAACAGAGGGCAACAAAAAGGACACGAUGGACAUUUGGCUGGAGAAACUAGUCGAUAGGUGGACCGGUUAAAUUGUGACCACUCCAGGCCCCGGCCAAGCACUUGUUUCGCGGUCGGUUAGGAUUGGAUAUCCUUGAACCUCGGCAACCUCGGUACGCUGGAUCUGCUUGCGCUGAACGCAGCCAACUGAGCUCGCUCCGGAAUUGUGAAAUUGAAAGCGAAAACCAAACGACGUUAGGACGAAACGAAACAAAAAAGACAUUCUCCGACCGGUGAAACAAUAGUGAAAACCCACGUUCGGGAUACACGAGCGCCACAACCGUUGCCGUUCGGACAUGCAGGAAGUGGAAUAUUUUAACGACAACGCUACGACGAACAAGACCACCACCACCACCGGCAGUGCGGAGAGAAUGGAGCGAAAGCAUCCUCGCAAGUGCAGCUACGACCUGCUGGACCGGUCGGCGGCGCUGCCCGCGCAGCAGACGCCCCAGCACCGCGCCGCGUAUAACAAAUGCGAUGAAAAUGUAAAUUACACCGCGGAUCCACUGCUGCUCACUUCAUCCGACGAGGACAGCAGCGGGUCGCCGACGGGCGAGAUGAAUAAUUGCAUCAAGUUCAUGGAGAAACCGGCACUGAUCAAACGCUUCGCCCUCGGGUUUCUGCGUAGCACCGAGGAAAGUUUGCCGCUGAUGUGCCAUAAAUCAUCGCCCACCUCGCCGCAGAAGAAGCUGAACGACAUCCUGUCCGAGGACAUCUACACGCUGGACCAGAUCGUGUCGAGCAAGUUCGGCGACUCGUGCAAGCAAUCGUUCGCCGGUUCGACACGCUUGCUACCCGCCGGCGGUACGGCGGCGUCCGGUGCAGCGACGGCUAACACCACCACCCCGUCCACGACGGCGGUAGCCGAUGGGGUGGAGUACGAGUUCAAGCGGAACCUGAUCCGACAGACAAACAGUGCCAGCUCGAGCCCGAAGCGCUUCCCGACGCUCACGCCCCCGAAGCACGCCGACAGCCUGAACAGCGUGAGCCUGAACGGCGAGGACAGCGAGGACCUGGACCGGGCGUCCUGGUUUCAGGCCGGGCUGCCGCGUGAACUGUCGCUCGAGGUGCUGACCCAGCAGAGCCCCGGUGCGUUCCUGGUGCGGCGCAGCACCACCAAGCACGGCUGCUUCGCGCUGUCGCUGCGCGUCCCGCCCGGAUCGGGCCCGAAGGUGGUGCACUAUUUAAUUAUGAAAACCGAGCGUGGAUAUAAAAUUAAGGGCUUCACGAAGGAAUUUUCCUCGCUGCGCGCACUGAUAACGCACCAUUCGGUGAUGCCGGAGAUGCUUCCGGUUCCGCUGUCACUGCCACGACCGCAAAACAUCCCGACCAAGUGCAAACACACGGACGACUACGAUACCUUCAGUGCGCUGAACGAGUUUUCCAAGCUGUUCUCCGACCUAGACAUCUGUUCGUAGUAAGAGCGACGCUUGAGGAUAUGCAAAGGCCGGAAGGAGAGGUGGUUUUGGAACAUUUUGAUAAAAUUUAGUUCACCAAACGACGUGUGGCACCUGUCCCCUUCACCCCGUUCAUCUUGGAGCGAGCGAGCGCUCGACGCUUGUGGUGGUGGAAGAUUAGGCUGCCUCCCGCAGCAGGUGGUUAGCUGGCGGUGACAUGUGGAAGUAGCUAGACGAAGUAGCAGGAGCUGAGCAGCUGCCGCAGAAGUCAGAGUCGCUUCCUGAUGAGUUUGUAAAUAGUGUGUCAAAUAGCUGCGUGUAAAUAGUGCCUGUAGGGUCUGUGUGUGUGCGUGCGUAGGAGACCUGCAGGAAAAUGGUUCGGUGCGGAAGUUCCCAACACGUGUAGGCGGAUAUAUCCUCGUCAUGGAGGAUGCCGCCCUACACCGGCGUACAACAGAAUAACAAUCAAAAUGUACUGAAGCGUCAACGGCAGUCGUUGGUUUGGUGUACUUACACUACGGCACGGUAAAGAGCGAUCCUUCUUCUGGCAACCGGUAGUGCUGUUUUUGAUAUUGUGAUAUAGAAAACCGAACGUUACCACCCUUCCUCGCAAAAGGCCUGAUGGUGGUGUGCAGUAAUGGGGGUUUGUGCUGACAUUUUGUUGCAACACUCCGGUAGCAGUAACAGAAUCAGCCAGCGGUAUUUAAGUUGGAAGGGAAGGAAUUUAGAGCACGCGUAGGGACCGGUAGUAGUUUGUAGAUUGAGAGCAUUGAUUUAAGAAGCGGAGCGUCCAGGCACGAGAGCCGGACGUCGAGUACUGGAAUAUGUGCCCUAGAAUAUACGCGUACCCCAAGUAUACACUAAGUGGAUAAAUGUAUGUGUUCGUACAAUUGACGUAAACGGAAAUAAAUGACUUGUGAAGUUAA